UACCUCUUCAUCCAGGACACAAGGACUUCACCAACCUCCUUAACCAGGACACAGACAUCUGCUCUCUCAGAAAGAUUUCUCCAGCAACCAUGGCCGCCUUUGUGGAACUCAGUACCAAAGCCAAGAUGCCCAUUGUGGGUCUGGGCACCUGGAAGUCACCCCCAGGCAAAGUCAAGGAAGCUGUGAAGGCGGCCAUCGAUGCUGGGUACCGCCACAUUGACUGUGCAUAUGCAUAUUACAACGAGAAUGAGGUUGGAGAAGCCAUUCAGGAAAAGAUCAAGGAAAACGUUGUGAAGAGAGAGGACCUCUUCGUGGUCAGCAAGCUGUGGCCCACCUGCUUUGAGAGAAAGCUGCUGAAGGAAGCCUUCCAGAAGACCCUCUCUGAUCUGAAGCUGGACUAUCUGGACCUCUAUCUCAUUCACUGGCCACAGGGACUUCAGCCAGGAAAGGAGUUAUUCCCCAAAGAUGAUCAAGGCAAUAUCCUCACCAGUAAGACAACAUUCUUGGAUGCCUGGGAGGUCAUGGAGGAACUGGUGGACCAGGGGCUGGUGAAAGCUUUGGGCGUCUCCAACUUCAACCACUUCCAGAUUGAAAGGCUCCUGAACAAGCCUGGACUCAAACAUAAGCCAGUGACCAACCAGGUUGAGUGCCACCCAUACCUCACCCAGGAAAAGCUGAUCCAGUACUGUCACUCCAAGGGCAUCACCAUCACAGCCUACAGUCCCCUGGGCUCGCCAGACAGACCUUGGGCCAAGCCAGAGGACCCUUCACUACUAGAGGACCCCAAGAUUAAAGAGAUUGCCGCAAAGCACAAGAAAACCUCAGCCCAGAUUCUCAUCAGGUUCCACAUCCAGAGGAAUGUGGCAGUGAUCCCCAAGUCUGUGACACCAGCACGUAUUCAUGAGAACUUUCAGGUCUUUGACUUCCAGCUGAGUGAUGAGGAGAUGGCUGUGAUCCUCAGCUUCAACAGGAACUGGAGGGCUUGCCUGCUGCCUGAGACAGUGAACAUGGAAGAAUAUCCCUACAAUGCAGACUACUGAGGCUGAACCACGGGAGCAGACUUCCUCUCUGCGAUGCACACCUCUCUACUCGAGUGCGCUUUGCGCCAAGCCUACCUGACGUCGCGCUGUAGGCGAGGCUGUGUUUAGGGCCCUCGUGUUGAGCCAAGGGCAGAUUGUGGCAAGGAAAGGUGACUUGGAGGAACAAAUGGACAUUUCUUUCGCUAGUUUGAUCUG